AUGGCUACCAUUGCAUCAAGCAUCUACCUUCUGUUUUUGGUAUAUUUUCUAUGUGAAACAGUGGUAUUCGCAGAACCCAUACCCCUUGGCUCGUUCCUUUCCCCUCCCAAUUCAUGGUCUUCACACUCUGGUCAAUUUAAAUUUGGGUUUUACAAUCAAAGCAGCGGCUUCAAAGUUGGAAUCUGGUUACUUGAUGGGACUAAUAAAACAAUAGUCUGGACUGCAAAUCGCGAUGACCCUCCUGUUUUCCCAAAUGCAAAGCUUGUUCUAACCAAGAGAGGUGAGCUUUCUCUACAGGCAGGUCAAGGGCAACAGAAGGUUAUUGCUCACAGUAACAAUGGAACUGUUUCCUCUGCUUCCAUGCUUGAUUCUGGAAACUUUGUUCUACGAAACAAAAGUUCACACAUCCUUUGGCAGAGUUUCGAUUACCCAACUGAUACCCUCUUAGGGGGUCAAACUCUACCUUGUGGGAGUCAAUUGGUAUCGAGUUCAUCAGACACCAACCAAUCUUCUGGAAGGUUUCAACUCUGGAUGCAGGCUGAUGGAAACCUUGUUCUGUACCCACGAUAUUCUGGUCGUACAGCUUCUGAUGCUUACUGGGCAUCUGGUACUUACCAUGGCAGAAGUUUCAAAUAUAAUCUUUUCCUCAACAACACAGGUCCUCAGCCUCUAUGCAUUGUAAAUGCUAGUAGUUCCAACUCAGCGAUAGUCUGGUGCGAGGAUUAUAGCAGCUUCAAAGGAAACAAUACUAUUUAUCGCGCAACUAUUCAUUCUGAUGGAGUUUUACGACUCUAUGCUCAUUUUGAAGACGCACAUGGGAAACACCAAGUUAUAAAGUUGUGGUCACCACAAGGGUUGGACAAUCAGUGCAACUUGAAGACAUUUUGUGGGUUCAAUAGCUAUUGUACCAUUAAUGACAUAGAGCCAGGUUGCAAUUGUCUUCCCGGAACUGAUUUUAUAGAUCCAAGUCAUAAGAAUCUUGGAUGCAAAAGGAACUUCUUAGAAGCAGAAUGUAAAGGUGGGAAAGAUAAUGCUACUUUUUAUUACAUGUCCCCAAUGAAAAGUAUGAAAACCGAUGAUCUUCCUUAUACAGUGGAAGACAUUCUGGAGGAGGAAUGCCUAUCAUCUUGUUUGCAAGAUUGUUACUGCGGGGCUGCCUUCUAUGAAGAUAAUUGGUGCAAGAAAGAAAAGCUUCCAUUCAGAUAUUUUACAAGAGAACCAGGGUCUUCCCUCACAAUAUACUUCAAGGUGGGCAAUGUAAGCCUCAAAGGAAACAGUACGUCUUCCAUCAAGAAAACCAGUAAGAGAGCAAUUCUUCUUAUCAUUGUUGUCAUCUUAGGUUUUGCUAUUCUUUUAUGCUUAGCUAUUGCAGUCUCUAGCCGAUUUAUAUACAAGAUUGGAAUUUUAAGUUACAAGAGGUUGUUGGAGAUAGGAGAUUUGGACUUGAAUGAAGGGAUUACACUGAGGGUAUUUUCCUACAAUGAGUUGAAAAAAGCAACGAAUGGUUUCAAACAAGAGGUGGGUAAGGGUUCCUUCGGAUCAGUUUAUAGAGGAACUUUGCACAAAGGAAAAAAAUUGAUUGCAGUAAAAAGGCUACAAAAGUUAAUUGAAGAAGGAGAGAGAGAAUUUCAAGCUGAAAUGCAGGUCAUUGGAAAAACCCACCACAAAAACUUAGUUCGCUUGUUGGGAUAUUGUGCUGAGGGGUCCAAAAGGCUUUUAGUUUAUGAGUACAUGAGUAAUGGCUCCCUUGAGAAGCUUAUCUUUGGUCAUAGCACUAUACGUCCAGAUUGGGAUCAGAGAAGAAGAAUAGCACUGGACAUUGCAAGAGGCUUACUAUAUCUGCAUGAACAAUGCAGGGUUCCCAUCAUUCACUGUGACAUAAAGCCUCAAAACAUAUUGAUGGAUGAGUUUUUGACAGCUAAAAUAUCAGACUUCGGGUUAGCCAAACUUCUAAUGCCGGAUCAAACUAGAACCUUCACUCAAGCUAGAGGGACAAGAGGUUAUUUGGCUCCGGAAUGGAGUAAGAACACUCCAAUAACAGUAAAAGCAGAUGUUUAUAGCUAUGGAAUUAUGUUACUGGAGAUUGUAUUUUGCAGAAGAAGCUUAGUGGUCAAUAUGUCGAAUCCGGAGCAAAUUGUUCUGUCCAACUGGGUGUACAAGUGCUUUGCUCGACGAGAGCUAAACAAGCUGGUUGUUGGGGAAGAAGUGGAUAAUAGUUUACUGGAGAAUAUGGUGAAAGUGGGGUUAUGGUGUAUUCAAGAUGAACCUUUUCUUCGGCCAUCCAUGAAGAGUGUGGUGUUGAUGCUUGAGGGAGUUAGGGAAGUGGCUAUUCCUCCUUGUCCAUCUCCUGAUUCUAUUUGACGUCAUCACUUUGCUAGGAAACAAAAGCAAACAGGAUGUUGCAAUUUCA